GAGCGGUGUUCUCAUGUGCGCAGUUGGGCUGCUGGGGCUGGAGUGAAAUAAGUCCUACAAAGAAACAAUAUAGGCUUUACAAUCUGCUUCGUAACAUUCUUAGUGUAAUUUCUUUCAUUGUCUACCCUGCCGCGGUUUCAGUACAAGGUUUUUUGACCGAGCGCUUACUAUAGUGAAGGGAAAUUUUGCGAAUUUUUGACAGUUUCUCUUUUUUUAUUGCUGUUCCGUUCGAUGAGGUAGACCAAGGUCGAACGCAGUGUAACAACUGCAUUUUUGUCGGAUAACACCUAUCCUGUCAGUUAUAAGUAAUUUAUACAUUUCAUCAUUUUUUUCUGUGAACAAAGUUUCAUCAGACUUCAGUACCCGAAAAUCUUCUUGACGUGGCUGGCUAUAAGGGUCGAGGACAGCCUACGUGUGACUGUCAGGUAUGUCUGUAGCAGUUAGUGAAUCUCCAGACAGGUAACUUGGUGAGCUGUCGCUGCCAUGGCAACGCUGAAGCUGCAGUUGUUGCCUGUCAUCGCCGUGGCCCUGUGGGCUGCCUGGGCGUCGGCACAAGAUCACGAGUGGCACUUUAACUCAGCUCAGUGUCGUUAUGCCCUGGGCAUGGAAGAUGGCACCAUCCCUGACUCAGCCAUCACCGCCUCCAGCGCCUGGUCUGACUCGACUGAAGCCAAGCACGGCAGGUUGAGCACAGGUGAAGGGGAUGGGGCGUGGUGUCCAAUGGGGGCGGUCUUCCCUAGCGGCUCUGAGUAUCUCCAGGUUGACCUGGGAGCUCUGCACUUCCUGUCCUUGGUCGGCACCCAGGGUCGCCAUGCCGAUGGCCACGGGCGGGAGUUUGCCCGCAGCUACCGGCUGCAAUACUCCCGCGAUGGAAAAAACUGGCUCACCUGGAAGGACCGAUGGGGCCAGGAGGUGAUCUCGGGGAAUGAGAACACUUACGACGUGGUCCUCAAAGACCUGGGCCCACCCGUUGUGGCCCGUAUGUUGCGCUUCCACCCCCUGGCCGACCGGGUCAUGAGUGUGUGUCUGAGGGUGGAGCUCUAUGGCUGCCUGUGGAAUGAUGGUCUGAAGGCCUACACAGCUCCAGUAGGGCAGGUCAUGCACCUCUCUGGCUCUCCUGUCUAUCUAAACGACUCCACCUAUGAUGGCAGCAUCGAAUCAGGGGUCCAGUUCGGUGGUCUGGGCCAGCUGAUUGAUGGCGUGCUGGGUGGGGAUGACUUCUCGGAGAGCAAGGAGCUGCGCGUGUGGCCGGGCUACGACUACCUGGGCUGGAGCCGCGAGGCGCUGGGCCAGGGCAGCGUGGACAUCGAGUUCCACUUCGAGAAGACGCGCACCUUCCACACCAUGCAGGUCCACAGUAAUAACCGUCACUCCCAAGGCGUCCGCGUCUUCAACAAGGUGGAGUGCGUGUUCAAGCCUACGCUGCUGCAGCCCUGGUCGUCGCCGCCGCUCACCCUCCUGGUGCCCCUGGCCGACCUGAAGGACCCCUCCUCGCGGCCCAUCUCCCUGCCGCUGGGCGGGCGGCCCGCCCAGAUCCUGCGCUGCCAGUUCUUCUUCGCCGACCACUGGCUCCUCAUCAGCGAGAUCUCCUUCUACUCCGAGCCAUAUGUAGGGGAUCUGUCUGAGACUGCGUCUGCUCCUCCAGUACCUCCUCCUGUUCCCCCCUCCACCACUCCCUCUCCUCAUCCUGGCAUCCCCACCUCCCCACGGCCCUCUCUCACUCCGGAAGCAUCCAACCGCACCAGCGAGCCCACCGACCCCCCCACGACAGCCACCCAACCAGAGAUGAACAGCACGGUCAACGAGGCGAUGGCAGGGGUUGAGUUUGGCAUGACCCCCAGGGCGGGUGUGCCCGUCGCCAAGGACGACAGCAGCAACACGGCCAUCCUGAUUGGCUGUCUGGUGGGCAUCAUCCUGCUGUUGCUGGCCGUCAUCGCAGUUAUCCUCUGGAGGCAGUACUGGAAGAAGAUACUGGGAAAGGCCCAGGGCAGUCUGUCCAGCGACGAGCUGCGUGUCCACCUCUCCGUUCCCGCCGACAACGUGGUGAUCAACAACACGCACAGCUACUCCAGCCGCUACCAGCGCAUCCACACCUUCCCCGACGAGAGGGAGCGCGAGGGCGAGGGCGAGGGCGAGUACCAGGAGCCCAGCGCCCUGCUGCGGCCCCGCGAGGACUGUGACAGCACAGCCUUGCUGUUAAACAACCCAGCCUAUCACCUUCUCCUGUCAGAGGCGAGGUAUGUGCCCAGCUGGCUGACAAACCCCCCCAGCGCUCAGGAAAAGCCCCAGAAUGUGCCCCAGGCCUGUGGCAUCGACAUGGACAUGGAGAAGCUUCCACCCACCCAGGACGAGCCGCCCCCGUACCCCGGAGCCCCGCCUUACCCCCACGGCCACUCCCCUCCCCCUCCCCUGCUGCCCCCGCCGGGGACGGCCAGCGUGCCGCACUACGCCGAGGCCGACAUUGUGUGCCUGCAGGGCGUCAGCGGCAACAACACCUAUGCCGUGCCAGCGCUCUCCUCGCCGCCCGACUGCCCAGCGCUGCCCGAGCUGCCGCGCCACUGCCUGCUCUUCAAGGAGAAGCUGGGGGAGGGCCAGUUUGGAGAGGUCCACUUGUGUGAGAUAGAGAACCCAUCAGAUCUGCCCAACCUCGAGUUCCCCUUCAACGUUAGGAAAGGCCGCCCCCUACUGGUGGCAGUGAAGAUCCUGCGCCCAGAUGCCUCUAAAAAUGCAAGGAAUGACUUCCUGAAGGAGGUGAAGAUCCUGUCUCGGCUGAAGGACCCCAACAUCAUCCGGCUGCUGGGCGUGUGUGUGAGCAGUGACCCGCUGUGCAUGGUCACCGAGUACAUGGAGUGUGGAGACCUCAACCAGUACCUGUCUCACAGGGUGAUGCUUGACAAGACCGGACCCACUCACAACACACCAACCAUCAGCUACCCUGCUCUAAUCUCCAUGGCCAGUCAGAUCGCCUCUGGCAUGAAGUUCCUGGCGUCCCUGAACUUUGUGCACCGGGACCUGGCGACGCGGAACUGCCUGGUCGGGGGCGAGCGUGGCGAGCCAGAUGACCGCAGCGGCGAGCGUCAGAUCAAGAUCGCCGACUUUGGCAUGAGCCGCAACCUGUACGCUGGCGACUACUACCGCAUCCAGGGCCGUGCCGUGCUGCCCAUCCGCUGGAUGGCCUGGGAGUGCAUCCUCAUGGGUAAGUUCACCACUGCCAGUGAUGUGUGGGCCUUUGGAGUGACUCUGUGGGAGAUGCUGAAUAUGUGCCAGGAACAGCCCUACUGCAACCUGACAGACGAACAGGUCAUCGACAACGCUGGAGAGUUUUUCAGGGACCAUGGCAGACAGGUGUAUCUGUCCCAGCCGGCCGUGUGCCCUCAGGGCCUGUAUGAGCUGAUGCUGAGCUGCUGGAACAGAGACUGCAAGCUGCGGCCCUCCUUCGCCCACAUCCAUGCCUUCCUCACCGAGGACGCCAUGAACAUGGUGUAGAGACAACGAGAGGCAGACGGAAAGAGAGAGACAGGAGAGCGUGCAGAAAGACACUGUAUACGACACCUCCAACAGUGCCUCCACCCUCUAUCCUCCACCCAGACGAACAGAAGCAGAGGGAAGGGCUGAAAGAUUGGGCACGCCUCUUCCACUCUUUCCCUGUCAGAGGGAGGCAGAGGGAGAGGCGGCACUCACACCCUUCCCCUGUCCUCUGUGCUGGGGGUGGAGGUGACGGUGGUGAAAUGGCCUGCGAGCAGCAGGAGAGUCUCUCUUGUAUAAUUGUGUAUUUCCUCUCGGGGGGGGCUGUGACACACCGCUGGAUCGGUUCUAGUUCUACAGCACACCCCUCCCCCCAACCUACGAACAUCCCAUAAUACUCAUGAAUGUAUCCUUACUGACAGGUGGUGGGUCGUAACGCUAGGUGCUAGACGUAGGCCAGCAUAGUACAGGUGGGAAUGAAUGUCGUUGCUACGCAGAUCUGUCAUGAUCAGUUAUCGCCAGUACAUUUAUCAGCAAAUCAGCUGAUUUAUCAAUACAUCCAUAUACAGAUUUAUACUGUUUAAUCAUAAAAUAUGAGGAAAUGAAUGUGGCAUGCUAUCACACGCUAACCAAAGCAUUAUAUCAAUACUUAAAGAAUGUGUACAUUAACAUAUCAUCAAAAUUCAGAAUAUGAUAUUAACAUUUUCUUAAUACAUUCAUAGCUGUAGGCAAAAUGUGCCAGGCUGAUCAGUGGUGGUGCACUGUAUUUGACAAGAUUGAGGGCAAGCUUUCUGCUGUUUGGUUUAUGGGUAAUUCUGAAGGUGCCUCUGAUUCUGACCCUUUCUGGUGGAGGAUUGCUGUGGUGUUCUCAUCUCAGUUCUGACCUUUUAGACUUUUACAUUUUUUCAUCCUGGGGAAAUAUUCCUAUUAGUCCCAGUGUCCCUGGCUUUUUCCCCUCUUUAGUAUUCCAGGCGUAUUCCACGUUUAGCCCUCAUGCCCCAGAUUCGUGUGUCAGAGGUGUGGCUUUCAAAACCAGCCGACGACUCGGACUCAAUCAGUUCAAACAUUUUAGCGUAAUUUCACAUCUUGCCCAGCCUGACUACAAGUCUCCCAACUGAGAUCAGUAACAGAGGCCAGUUACUGAAGACUAAGGACUCUGUGGUCCCAUGUGGACUGAUCUGGAUCCACCUGGACUGGAUGGGACGGAGUGAUGCAGCUCCGAGCCGAGUCUCAGAGGACGAUCCUCAGCUCUGCUCUCCUUCCCAGCCCUCUGAUUGGACCCCUAGCGAGGGUGCCGUGUGUGUCAGUGAGACUGACCCCACAUGAAGAGACGUGCGACAGGCGACACAGCUUUGAAAAAGUCGACUGGAGACGAAGAGAAGAGGAGCGGAAAAGUUGAGGCAAACAGAGGGAGCCGAUUGUGUUCCUCGUAAAAGUGUCUGAUCUUAAACAGGCGACUCCCUGUACGAAAAUAUAAACUGUUAAACAGCUGCACUUUAAAGGCCUAGGUGGUUUCCUUUUGUCCCAACACAGUGCUAAACAACAAAUUGAUGUUAUACUCACUGACAUAUAAAUGAAUAUGUAUAUGAAUAUACCUUCAUUCUGAGAGAUCAUUGGUAUGAUUGCCAAUAUUAUAUUACUUACUUCACUAACAAGUGUUAUUCCCCUUAUGCAUAGGGUUCAUACUAUGCGUGUGAUGACUGGUGGUGGAUUUGAUCUGCCACUGAUUGAUUGAUGGAUACUGAAAUAGCAUUUGCAUCCCACGGUGUAAAUGUGAAGAGAGAAUGUUGGUGAAUGGCUGUUGUCAUACAGUAUGUGCUUGUUGGAAGAUUUGCUUUUGAUACACUGUAAUCCAGUUUUUUUUUUCUUUUUUUUUAUAUAACUGUGUACUUACAAACACUCUGUUAUGGGUUUCGAUUAUGUCUGUUAAUGACAUCUCUUUAAGACAUUAAAAAAAGAUGUGUAAAUAUUCACUGGGACAGAUUCUUGUUCACUAAUAUAUGGAAAUCUUAUGUUUUCUGUCUCUGGGGUCUCUGUUUCUGUGUAGAAAGCUUACUGCCUACUGAUGCCAUUGUCUAUUUUUGGAGAUGUUUUAAUAAAGGUAAACUUUUUAGAUCAAAA